AUGGUAACAAUUGCUUCUCAAACAAAGAAUAUUAGCUUUUUAGAUCAAGUGACACGUGCCGAAACGUUAUGGGCAAUAAAUGCAGCACGUCAUGGAUAUAGCUAUCUUUCAUGUGAUGAAUCUGGUGAUCUGUUCAAAACAAUGUUUCCAGACUCAGAUAUUGCACAAAAAUUCAAAAUGGAACGAACAAAACUAUCAUAUAUGAUUUCACAUGGUCUUGAUCCAUUUUCCAUCAACCAAGGUGUUGUAACUCGUUAUUAUAAAUGUAUACUUCUUGGUCAUGCACCAACAAAUAUUAUUAGAGAUAGCAUUGUUGACUCGUUUCGCACAGAUAGAAUUGAUAUUAAACGUUUAUUGAUGAUUGGACGUGAUAAUCCUAAUGUCAAUAAAACUGUUGAAAAGCUCAUUGAUGGAGAACUGAAGAAAGCUGGUGGAGAAUUACUCAAAUUAGGUUCAUGUCAUAUCCACAUGGUUCAUAAUGCUUUCAAAGCAGGUACAACAGCAUCAUAUUGGCAUAUUCAAGAUUUCUGCAUAGAUAUAUGGUCCUGGUUUCGUCAUUCGCCAGUACGAAAAGAAGAUUUCGUAAAACUUUGUGAGGAAUUGAAUGAAGAAGUUGAAAAAAACAUACUGUGCUUUGUUUGUACACGUUGGGUAUUGCUCGGUAAAGCAGUUGAUCAAGUUUUAAGUGAGUGA